AUGAUGAUUCAUCCCGACGAAGCGGCGUUCCUCUCUGAGAUAUCGGAGCUCUUGGGCGACUUCGAGACCCCUCCAGGAUCCGAACUGGUCCGUCACGAACCCACAGCUGGCCCUGAAGGGCUGUUGUCCGCCAGCCACCAGCUUGUAGCGGAGACGGAGGCACUGCUCUCGUCCUGUAGCACGCCCUCUUCCGAUGAGAACAAGACCGCACGAGACCAGACAUCGGCAGAGCGCCGCAAGCUACGGAAUGCCAACGCAGCUAAGAGGCGACUCAAGUACUGCAAGAAGAUCGAAAACGAGAGGGGGCAGCUUAAGCAACAGGAAAAGAAGCUCUCAGUGGAGCUGGCUGAGCUACAAGCGGAGCAGAACGAACGUCAGGUGGUAACGAGGUCGAUGCCGGUGUGGCAAGCCGUCGCUACUCGUCAGCUGCAAAGUUGGCUUCUAGCUGAGGCGGAGCGCCGUCGCCUUCGAGAGCUCGUUGGAACGCGCACGCAGCUUCUUCGGGAGCUCGGCGAGAAGGUGCAACAACAUUUACAGGGCGCUCAUCGGAGCGAUAAUGCUGAUGGAAAGGUAGACGAUAUGGAUGUGGCUUACAGCCAGGUGGGCGGCAUUCUCCACGCGUGGGGUGUUCGAGAUGCCUCUCUGGCUUCUUUCCACCCUGACUCCAAACGACUGUGUGACGGGGAUGUAGAGUAUUACGAGAGUUUGCAUUUGCAGCAGGUGCCUUUCAAUAGCCAACAGACUGGUGCUGCUCUGUGGCAGGCCAUGCGCCUUCAGCACCAACAAAAGUGUCGUCGACAGUAUUUAAGCGUGCCCGAUCCUGAAAACACGCUCGCGUUUAAGUUCCGAGUGCCAGGCCAAGCUGGCUCCGACGAAUCAUCAAGCUUGAUGAUCCAUAUUGUGCUUCGGAAUUGGUUUGAAGAUGGUCAAACGGUAAUUCUGUGGCGAGCUCAUACGCAGGGUGAGGGCAAACUCAGUCACAUUCAGGCGGAUGAAACCGGUUGGUCAGUUGUGCGACCCACCGAUGCACAUACAAGAAGAGAACUCGGGAUGCCGACCGCGAUUCUGACCUUCAUCCGUCUCAUUCCACGCGGCGAGACGCUUGGUGCAGAAGAAGACAAGUCCAAUAUGGGGCAAUUUUUACAACUCGCCGAAGCCUCAGGCAAUAAAGACGGAUCCGAGAUAGUGCGUUUGAUGGAGUCUCUUCUGCUCGAUGACGCGCGCCGCACACAACUGUGUUGCUGA